CUGAAACGACGCAUGCGUCGAAAAUGGCCGCAAUAGGCAAUUAAGCACGUGGUGGAAGUAAAGGUUGACGAUAAACACAACACAAAAUCUUUGUGAAUUUAAAGAAAAAAUAAAAAUUAGAACGUAAAAAUGUAUUUAAUGUAUUAUCUAAAUGAGAAUGGAGAUCGAGUGUAUACAUUGAAGAAAAUAGAUCCAAAUGGAAAACCGACACUAUCGGCUCAUCCAGCUCGAUUUUCUCCUGAAGAUAAAUAUUCAAGAGAAAGGAUAACGUUAAAACGAAGAUUUGGCUUGUUACUCACGCAACAACCACUACCAACAUAUUAAUAUUUAACAUUUGCGUACAAAUGGCAUUGAAUAUAAUAGCCCAAAAUUUAUUAAAUGUGUAUGCCUAAAAUAUUUAUAUAAUAUUACUGUUUGAAUACAGAACUAAACUUUGGAUGCCUAUAACUUUCCCCCUUGGUAAUCUAAAUGUCUGCUAUCCCAUUUGUGUUAAAACAUUCAUAGCAUUUGUAAUUAUACUUGAGUGCAAAUUAUGUAUGAAAUUCAAUUAAUAUCUUAUAUAUAAUGGGUUAAUUAUUCAGUU